UCCGCACCGGCCCCCUCGAGUACGUGUGUGAGGACUGAGGAGGAGGAACUCCGUGUCCGUGCCGCGGCUGUCCGCCGGUCCCUCCUCAGUCAGUUGACGCUCUUCCUCAGAUCCGCACCCAGAGUGUCGCGUCUGUCGCGGACCCGUGCAGUGCCGCGUCCUCGCGCCCCUCCGACGUCCUGUGCGUGUGUUUGUGAGCGCCCGUGUGUGUGCGUCCAAGACCAGUGUCUGGAGCGAGCGGUUCACCGCCAACCCCCUGUGCACCGCAGUGCACCGCAGUGCAACGCCACUUUUGGGAUUACUGUCUGCGAUCUGCCCGGUGUUCGGCGAUGGAGCAGCAGCCCCUGUCACCCCCUUCGACGCCUCCGCCAGCCUCCGGCACCACCGUCUCGCAGCGUUUCUACGGCGCCAUGGACUUGAAGGCGGCCAGCGCGCUGCUGUCCUUCUCGGACGGCGCCGUGGCCUCGCAGCUUUCGCAGCUGCCGUGCCGCAAGCGCUUCCUCUCCCCGGACGUGGCCCCCGCCACCCCGCCGGCCACGGACUCGGAGGGCGAGGACCGCGAGGACUGCCCCGUCAAGAUGCUCAAGACGGAGCACCGCGGCGUGUCGGUCAUCAUGAGGGCCAACAAGGACGGCACCUGCUUCCCGCAGCCCUUCUCGGCGCCCCGCGCGCCCCGCUGCCGCUUCGCCUCGCUGUCCUCGUGCGACUCGAGCUGCGACGACGCGUCCAACCUGUCAUCCGGCGAGGACUCCGUCAUGGACUCCGUGGACGCGUCCAGUGACGCCGGGGACGCCGUGCCUUUCCGCCACCGGCUGGGGUCGGCCGCCUCGGCCUCGUCCGCCGAGCCGUGGGAGCAACAGAAUCUGCUCAAGAGCCUCAAGUACAAGAUGAGCACCCGCAAGGAGGAGAUAUUCGUCAACAGCAAGGACACCAACCGAGAGGGCAAACCAGUACCCGAAGCCCCCCUCCCCCUCCCCCUCCCCCUGGCUCCCGUCACCCCUGUCGCGCCCCCCGCCCAAGGCUCUGCUACUGCCCGCCCCAAGAAGAAUCUCCUGCCGAUCGCACCGCUCACCAGUAUUACGAGUAUUACCCCCGCCGUGCCCGCGGCCCCGCGCGGCGCCGUGGCCAUCGCCCCCAAGCCGCCAGCCCAGACCGCCGUCAUCCUGACCAGCAGCCUCAUCCCCGUGCCGCUGAUGGUGAUCGCCAGCAGGCCGUCCUCGAAGUCCGCGAAGGCCGCCAAGGCCGAGAAGGACGCGGGCAGCCGCCGCCGCGUGUACGAGUGCCACUUCCAGCACUGCGGCAAGAACUACUUCAAGUCCAGCCACCUCAAGGCGCACAUGCGCACCCACACAGGUGAGAAACCGUUCGAGUGCCAGUGGGACCGCUGCGGGCGGCGGUUCAGCCGGUCCGACGAGCUGUCCCGCCACAAGCGCACGCACACGGGCGAGAAGAAGUUCGGGUGCGGCGUGUGCCAGCGCCGCUUCAUGCGCUCCGACCACCUGGCCAAGCACGUGAAGCGCCACCAGCGCGACCCGUCCGCCAACCUGGCCGCGCAGCACCCCGCCCGCACCACCCCGGCCCCGCUGGCGCCCGCCCCCGCGCCCCCCGCGCCCCUGCACAUCACGCACCACGUCAUCCCCGUCAUGCCCAUCGCGCAGUGCUAGGCCCUGGUUCGGCCCGGCCCCGCGCCUGUGGACCAACUGCUCCGAAAAGAAUCCGGUGCUUUUUUUUUAUUACUUAUAUCAGCUGGUCUGAUUCUAUUUUGCCGCUAUCAGUGUGUUACAAAGUCUUUUUUCAAUUAUUGUAUGCGUAAUUAUGAUAAGAGAAAUGUGUAUAUGCUGCCGUUAGCUAUGUGUGUUAAAGUGUCACCCAUUGUAAAACUAUAAAUAAUAUUAUAUUGAUCUAGUCGUUAUAGCGAGGUUCUAGUAUGAAACGAGCGACGCCCUGAGGAAAGAUGUGCCAAUACAAUGCUUGAAGCUCCCGAAGUUGAGAAGUAGAAGGGGGAGUCUUGGUAAUUCCCCCUGCCUCGCGACUUGGUUCCUUCGUGAGCGUUUCUCAUGCUGUUCCUUUCUUGCCAACAUUCAGUAGUAGUUUUAGAAUGUGCCGUUAUCUUUUCAUAACUGUGUACCAUACAUACAGUACUAACAGAACUACCUACUAUAGUUGAGACUACUUGUGAUCAAUUUUAGUGUGAUGAUUUCUGUGUUGUAGGUAAUGAUUUCACUAAAGUUGGCUUCUCUUUGAGUAGGUUUAACCAAAGAGUCAUCUCUGUACCCUUUUACUACAAUAGAAAGUUUAGUUCAAAUAUCUUUGCAUUUCUUUACAAUGAAUGCAUCAUUAAUAUGACAAAUUUCUCUAGAGUUAAGAUACACAUUGUGUAAAAUGGUACAAAGUGUUGUGAUUGUACUUCUUGAGAACAGCACCUCGAUUUCUGUGUUUUACUUAAUAUCUUCUUCUCUCCUGUCAAUUUUGAAGAACUAAGAGGACAAUGUAUAUUCACUGUAAAGCCUGCAUGUUACUGCAAAAUCUUUAUCUUUGGGACUGGCUUUGAUAGCUACCUCUACCGACUGAUAAAUAAUAACAUUCUUUUUAUAACAAAAGAAAAAAGUACAUAAAAAUUAAAAGAAUUUAGAAAUUAGCCAUUUUCUUUCCUAACUACAUUCCAGCCAGGCAACAGUGUGUGUUCAUUUUGCUUUAACUUCCAAUAAUGUGCAUUUUGAUUCCUUCAUAGCAGUCUGCAUGGCAAGUGAAGACCUUCUUGUCUCUAGUUCCUCAAAGUAGUUUUCCUGACUUAUCACCUGCAUCAAUUAUGACUAACAUUUCUCUCAGUUUAAUGAACCCUAAUUGUGAUGUGUGUAACAUAUAAGAAGAGUAUUUAUUUUACAGACAUUUGUAUAUAUUAAUAUGUGUAUAUUUGACUGACAAUAUGUAUAUUGAAAUGUGUUAUAAUGUUCACAAUGCUCAAGACGGAAUCGUUAAGUAUAUAAUUAAAAUAUGUUUUUACAUCA